UAAGAAAAUGAUUACAUUGGGCUUCGGACAGUUUGGUGGGAACUGGAAAGCAAGUGAAGAUGGCCAAUAAUAGGUCGUGUUUCUUCACAACUUAUUUUUGUCAUUUGUCACACUUAUCAGUUUCGUUGGCCAUUCUUCUUCCUUGAAGCCGAUCUUUUGACGUACCGUCGUCGAUGAAAGAUCGCCGAUUAUUAUUAUAAAGCUGGUAUACAGCAAGACCACAUUUACUCUGCAUUUUUAUCCGUUUUUUUAUUCUUGCAUAAAAAAAUCGAAGUCCUCUACUCCUCUUCUGUUUUUCGCAUUUUGGAUUUUGGUCCUGCUCCUCCUUUCUGACUCCGCAGAGCUCUCUCUCUCUCUCUCUCUCUGUCUCUGUCUCUCUCUCUCUCUCUCUCUCUCUCUGUUUCUGUCUGCACUAGAGAGCAAAAAAGAAAAAAAAACCCUAGCGAGCUCGCUUCCAUGGAGGAUUUUUCACGUUCUCUGCACAGGAGUCAAGCCUCUGUAACUCUCUCGAAGAAAGUUUCCAAUGGAAAUGGCUUCACUGCUAAUACUGUCUACGAUGACGUCUUUGGUGGUCCGCCCAAGUUUGGAGUUCCGACUUUCACGUCUCGGAUAGAAGACUACAGCGAGAUUUUCGGCAGUUUUCAUUCUUCUCGUGGUUCUUCGAUUCCGAUUCUAGAUCUUCCUGUUGUCGACGGAGGUGAUAUCUCCUUCGAUGUUCGAAGCUCAAAGUUCGAUUACUCGGAAAUUUUUGGCGGGUUCGAUUUUGUAGCUUUCGCUGAUUCUUACGAGGAACUGUUUAUGGAGCCAAAAGGAGACGAGAGUUCCUCUGAGGAGGUCUGGACACCGGCUGAAACAGGGUCUCCUUCAGAAGGGUCAAAUGGAGAUAUUUCUUGUUCAGAAAACAAUGAAGUUUUGUCAAAUGGAACCUUUAAUCACUCAUUUAAUUGUGUGAAGCAGUUAGAUGUUUCAUUUCAUAAAGCUAAUCAGAAAAACGAAGAUGGGACAAGUGGGACAGCAGACACAACCCAACUCCCAGAUGUUCCUGGGUUUACAUAUGUAGUUGAUGAAAGUGCCCAUUUGCAUGGAUCUGACAGUGAGAAACCACCAUCCCGGGCAAGUGAUGAUCUCAGUUUCAACUUGGAUGUCAGUGCAGGAAUACUGGAAAGAAAAAGUUUGAGGAAAACCAUGUCACAGCCCACUACAUAUAGUAUUGAACCAAUGACGUGUCUGAAUGACUUCAAACCUCAACAAGGAUCUGGCAGGAACAGGUCUAAUCCUAAUGAGGUGUUUUUAACUGUCUCUGAAAUCAACCUUAGGACACAGCCCUCCCACGUACCACCACCAUCAAGACCACCACCUAAAUUGGCUAACAAGAUGCCACCCAACCUUAAAACUUCUGAAAAUUGUGAUCUUGAAGGCGCUGCUGGCAACAGCUCACUACAUUUCUUUAAUGUAGAGGAAGAAGUGAGUUCAGCAGCUGCAGCCUCUGCAGCUGCUAUGAAAGAAGCAAUGGAGAAAGCUCAAGCACGACUAAAAAGUGCAAAAGAAUCAAUGGAGAGAAAAAGGGAUGGUCUUCAAGGGCGGAUGAAGCUGGGGUUGAAAGAUGACUUAAAGAAUAAAGAAAAGAGAGAAGGUAAAGCUGCUCAUGAGGCCCACAUAUUCAAAGAAGAGAAAACUCAGAAAAAAUAUGAAAGAGAACAUGGUGGGAUUAAAGGAGUUUCUAGGGAGGAAGGGCAAAAAGUCAUGAGGGCCACCAAGGUAGCUCCUGAUCUAGGAGAGAAGGGGAAAGUAAAUCUACCUAAAGAAUCUAUAGAGCAAAAGUACAUGAAGGAAUCAAGAUCAAUUCCAGGAUCUAGCAAUCAGAAAGAUGGAACAGGUAGAUGGAAAGAAGAGAAACAAUUCUAUGAAUUUGUAACAACAGAUAACUUGAGAUUAGCUUCUGAAGCAGAUUGGGGAGCUCAAGAACAGGGGCAAAGUAAUAGGAAGAUGAAAACAGCUAAGGAGGUAUGCAGACAGGAUGACCAUGAGAAGCAACUAAAGGAGGCUCAAAAGAUUUGUGAAUGGGAAGGAAAUGAGAAGGAACAUAAAGAGGUUCUUGAGCAGGAAAGAAGUGAAAAAAACCUAAAAGAAAUUCUUGAGAAGGAAGGAUGCGAGAAGAACCAAAAACAAGUUCAUGUGCAGGAAGAACUUGAGAGGACGAUAAAAGAAGCUUGUGAGAUGGAAGAAAAUGAGAAAAGACUGAAAGAGGCUCAUGGACAAGAAGAAAAUAAGAAGAAACAGUAUGAGGCUCGUGAGAGGGAAGAAAACGAAAGGAGAUUGAUAGAGGCUUGUGAGAAGGAGGAUCUUGAGAAUAGAUUGAAAGAGGCUUGGGAGAGAGAGGAAAAUGAGAGGAGAUUGAAAGAGGCUAAAGAGAGAGAAGAAAAUAAAAAGAAAUUGGAGGAGGCUCGUGAGAGGGAAGAAAAUGAAAAGAAAUUGGAGGAGGCUUUUGAGAGGGAAGAAAAUGAGAGGAGAGUAAGAGAGACUCUUAAGAGAGAAGAGAAUGAAAAGAGGUUGAGAGAGGCUCAUGAAAGAGAUGAAAAGGAAAGGAAAAUGCAAGAGGCUCAUCAAAGAGAAGAAAAGGAGAUGAUGAGCUUGAAAGAUGCCUGUGGAAGUGAAGAAAAUGAGAAGAAAAUGGAAGAGGCUCAUAGGAGGGAGGAAAAUGAAAGGACAGUGAAAGGGGCUUGUAGGGGGGAAGAAAAUGAGAGGAAAUUGGAAGAAACCUUUGAAAGGGAAGAACAAGAGAGAAGAUUGAAAGAGGCUCUUGAGAAGGAAGAAAAUGAGAGGAGAUUGAAAGAGGCUCUUGAGGAGGAAGAAAAUGAGAGGAAAUUGAAAGAAGCUUGUGAGAGGGAAGAAAAUGAGAGGAAAAUGGAGGAAGCCUGUGAAUGGGAAGAAAGAGAGAGGGGAUUGAAAGAGGCUCUUGAGAGGGAAGAAAACGAGAAGAGAUUGAAAGAGAGUCAUGAGAGGGAAGACAAUGAAAGGAGAUUAAAAGAGGCUUUUGAAAGGGAAAAAAGUGAAAGGAGAUUGAAAGAGACUUGUGAACAGGAAGAAAUUGAAAAGAGACCGAAAGAGGCUCGUAACAAGGUAGAAAAUGAAAAGAGACGGAGAGAGGGUUGUGUGCUGGAUGAAGAUGAAAAGAGGCAGAAGGAAUCUUCUGAGCAAGUAGAAAAUGAAAGAAGACAAAAUAAUUCUUGCGAGUGGGAAGAAAAUGAGAAGAAACUAAAAGCUGGUGAGAAAGCUCAUAAACACAAGGAGAUGAAUCAGAAGGCAGUGAGUGGGAUUUCUAAUCCUGAUGGCAUAGAAACAAAUUUAGAGGCAACCCAAGAAACCUGCAGAUAUGAAAUGAGUAGGAAGUUGGAAGCAGAUAAAGAGGAAGUCAUAAAAGAUUCAGCUAGAGAUGCUUGCGGACAUGAAAAGAAGGGGAAGGAAUGGGCAGCAACUCCUAUGGCAAAUGGACAAGAUGAAAAGGUAAGGUUGAAAGGAUCUCACAUAACUGAAUCUGCCAAUGCACAUGAAAUAAAUCAAAACAAAAUGGAGGAUGCCAUAGAGCCCCUUCAGUUAGAUGAUAAUGAGAAGAAAUUUGGAUCAUCUGAAGAGGAUGUUGGUCAAGAUCAAAUUGAGAAAUAUAAUAAAGCAUCUCAGACUGCCAGUGCACAUGAAGCAAAUAGAAACAUGAUAAAAGAUACAACAUGGGUCUUUCCACUAGAUGAUAAUGAGAAGAAAUCACGAGCAUGUGAAGCAGAUGUUGGUCAAGAUAAAAAAGAGGAAUCUAACAGAAAAUAUCAGGUUGACUGUAUUCAGGAAAACUUUGAGAGAAAAGAAAGACUUGCUCAGACAGUCAAUGAGUGGGAUGAAAAUAGGAGAAGUGUUUUAGAAGAGAAAGAAAACAUGCCAAGAGUAGCUCAGGAAGCUAAUACAAGCUAUGCUGCAGAGAAAAGGAAGUGCUAUAGUGAGAUCAUUACAAUAGAAACAAAGGAGAAAGAAGAUAAGAUGCAAACAGAAAUAGAUCAGGAAAAAGAGCAACUAAGAAAAAUAGAAGAAGAGAGGGAGAGGGAAAGAGAAAGAGAAAAAGAUAGGAUGGCUGUUGAAAGAGCAACCCGUGAAGCUCGUGAAAGGGCAUUUGCUGAUGCUCGUGAAAGAGCAGAAAGGGCUGCCGUGGAGAGAGCAACAGCUGAAGCUCGGCAAAGAGCAAUGGCAGAGGCUCGAGAAAGACUAGAGAAGGCUUCUGCAGAGGCUCGGGAGAGGUCAUUAGCUGAGAAGGCUUCCAUGGAAGCCAAACUUAGGUUAGAGCGUGCUGCAGUGGAGAGAGCAACUGCAGAGGCUCGGGAACGUGCUGCUGAGAAAGCAAUGGCUGAGAGAGCUGCUAUGGAGGCAAGAGAACGCAUGGAACGAUCUGCUUCUGAUAAGUUUUCUACUACCCCGACAGAUGGUGGGAUAAAGCAAAGUACUUCUUCCUCUGAACUGCGGGACCCACAAUUUCAAAGCUCAAGUUCCUUCAGUAGUUCAAGAUAUCCAAAUUUAUCAAAUCAUGAUGCUUCCCAUGCAGCUGAGAAAUUUCAAGGAGCAGAAGUUGAAUCAGCUCAGAGAUGUAAAGCUAGGUUAGAAAGGCAUCAACGGACAGUUGAACGUGCGGCAAAAGCUCUAGCAGAGAAAAACAUGCGCGACCUUCUCGCUCAGAGAGAGCAAGCAGAGAGACAUAGGCUAGCAGAAACCCUGGGUGCUGAUGUCAAAAGGUGGUCCAAUGGGAAAGAAGGGAAUUUGCGUGCACUACUUUCUACACUGCAAUAUAUCCUUGGACCUGAUAGUGGUUGGCAGCCGAUUCCAUUAACAGAAGUUAUAACAGCUGCAGCGGUAAAGAAAGCUUACAGGAAAGCCACUCUUUGUGUUCAUCCUGACAAGUUGCAGCAAAGGGGUGCAAGCAUUCAGCAGAAGUACAUAUGCGAGAAGGUCUUUGAUCUUCUAAAGGUGCAUCACUGGCUUCCUAUUUCACUAAUCAUGAUUGCACUAAAAAAUUAUCUAGAAAUAAAUUCAUCAGCACUGAUAAUGCAUAGUCAUGAUAUUGUAAUCUGCAUGGUUUUAAAUUUAUCUAGAGAUGUAGAUUUUCUUUUCUCUUAUAUUGCAAAAAAAAAAAAUGGUGGCAUAGUCCCAGUGUUGCCCUUAUCUUUUGUUAAAAUGUUGUCAUUAUCUUUUCCUUAUGCCAUUCAAGAUCCGUGGACUUCCUAUUGCCCUUGUGGCCUUAUGUACUUCAAUUUGCAUCAAAUUUUAAGGGUGCAACUUAGGUCGGUCCAACUUGAGCACACCUGUUUGCCAAAAAAAAAAAAAGACCCAAUCCAACUUAGGUUCAGCAUUUUAUUUUUACUGAUUUGAGGUUGGGGUUGAGCU